GGGAGCCUCGCCUGGAUGCUGACUCCAGCUCGGGGGCUGCUCAUUCCCCCGAUGAGCGAGGGCACCGGCACAGGGAGAGCCCCCUCCCCGCGCUCCGCUCCGCGCUCGGGCUGAAGUUUUUGCACGAGGACCUGCUCCGCUUUCUCAAGGAUUGUACCGCCGCCGCUCGACUUUGCGCCUCCAGACGUGCCUUCCCCGACCCCUAAGAUGAAGAGGGCGAUAGCUGAAGGAAGCAAACUGCUGAUUUUGGUGCUUUGCUUGAACAUCCAGUCAGAAGUGGAGUCUUGCCCUGGAGCGUGUGUGUGCUACAGUGAACCGAAGAUCACAAUAAGUUGUCAGCAGCAAGGACUGACAGCAAUCCCCACGGAGAUACCCAUCCAGAGCCAGCGCAUCUUCUUGCACAACAACAAGAUAACCCUUGUGAGGUCCACCAGCUUCACGUCGUGUCGCAACAUGACAAUUCUUUGGAUCCACUCCAACAACAUCAGCCUCAUUGAGCCUGGAGCCUUCUACGGACUCAACAAACUGGAGGAGUUGGAUCUCAGUGACAACACGAACCUGAAGUCUAUCAAUCCCGUCACUUUCCGUGGUCUUGUUCACCUCCACACCUUACAUCUGGAUCGUUGUGGGCUCAUGGAGCUCUCCACGGGGCUUUUUCGAGGGUUGUUUUCCUUGCAGUAUCUCUACCUUCAGGAUAAUAACCUGCAGAACCUGCUGGAUGACACCUUCAUAGAUCUGGCGAACCUCACCUACCUGUUUUUGCACGGUAACAAAAUCAAGAGCUUAUCAGAGAACGUCUUUCGUGGGUUAAUCAACCUCGACCGGUUGCUUCUGCAUCAGAACAGAGUCAGCCUGGUCCACCGCCGGUCUUUUCACGACCUUGGGAAAGUGAUGACCUUGUAUCUGUUUAACAACAACCUGACCGUGCUCACAGGGGAAACCAUGGCACCCCUGGUGUCCCUCCAGUAUCUGCGCUUAAAUGGCAACCAAUGGAUCUGUGACUGCCAGGCUCGGUCUCUCUGGAAUUGGUUUAAGCAGUUUAAAGGGUCAUCUUCAGAGCUGGAGUGCCACCUUCCACCACGCUUGGCAGGGAGAGACCUCAAAAGGCUGCAGAGCUCUGACUUGGAAGGAUGCAUCGACUCUUUCAACCAGAUUCGAACGAGCGUUUUUAGCACUAAGACCAGAUCUGGUAAACUGGCCACCGGGAGUCCACCUCUCAGCUCCCAUGAUGGCUCCAUGAAGUGCUGCCAGUCAGAAAUGGAUAAAUCUUUUAUAUACGAAGCUAAAGGCAAGGCAGGUCCUUCUUCCCACAGCAGCCGGCCGUCCUCCAACAACCCUCUCAAGGAUAAGGAGAACAUGUCCAAAACCAAGUACGUUGAGACGGACCCUUCCAAAAACGGCAGCAACAAGCAGAUAAACGAUUCCCCUUUUGGGACCUUCCCCAGCAUUGUAGACCCUCCAUUGACCAAGUUGAGACCAGAGUUUCUAGAGCCUAUUGAACCUUCCACAGUCCCAACCAAAAAGAGGCAGGGCUGCUCUAAAAAGAACAAAUCAAAGGCCCAGUGCCGCCUCACCCAGCAAGGAAACAGCUCCACGUUACAGCUCAGCCUAAGCCUUUUGAUCCCCCCUUUGGUGUGGAGCUUACUGUUACUCUGCUAAAAUUAACUCUUUUUCCUGGGUUGAUGACACUUUAAUACUAGACUUUUGCUGACCUCCAUAAAUGUUGCAAACAAAAGCAAACUACCAUCCACCCCGAGAAAGCUUUGUUACACAAAAGUUAACUGGAUGCCUUUAUAUAAAAACAAAACACACACACACACACACAAAAAAAAAACAACAACACAAAACAAAAGCAAACAAAAAAGACAAACAAAAA